UGUUCCAAAAUGGUUAUAAUGAUUAGUUCAUUAAUCCUUCUUCGAUAAAGUUGACUCUAUAUGUAUUGCUUUGCAUCAAAGCUUUCAUCUAUAUAUCCCUCCAAAAUCCACAACCUCUAAGCAACCACCAUGUUCCUUUCAGUCAGAUACUCCUUCACGCUCUUCUUCAUUCUCCUCCUCUUAUCACCUUCACACAUUGCUUCAACAACACCAACACUAGCUCACACACUAACACAAUCAGCCACCAAAAUAGCCAUCACAAACCGCAACAUCCAUAGCCUUAACAAUGCUGGAAGAGGCACCAAAAUCACCGGCAUAUCGCAAUUCAAACGAUACCUGCAUCGUUUUGGGUACUUACAAAACAACAACAUUAGUUUCAGUGAUGAAUUUGAUGCCGUCUUGGAAUCGGCUCUCUUUAGAUACCAACGAAACCUUGGACUCCAAGUAACCGGGAAGCUCGAUUCCAACACGGUUUCUCAAAUGAUCACACCAAGAUGCGGUGAUCCAGACACAAACACAACACCCCAUCAUCACAAUCACGUUCACAAAACGCGCUUAACGAAGAAUUUUGUGUUUUUCCCGGGAAAACCACGUUGGUCACGUUCCAUGCCAAUGACACUAACCUAUGCCUUCUCCCGUGAGAACAUGAUCCAUAGUUUGAGCAUGAAGGAGAUAAGAGAGGCAUUCCAACGUGCAUUCACAAGGUGGGCUUCGGUUAUUCCGGUUAGUUUCGUUGAGGUGAGUGACUUUGAACUCACGGACAUAAAAAUAGGGUUUUACAAUGGGGAGCAUGGCGAUGGUGAACCCUUUGAUGGGGUGCUUGGAGUGUUGGCUCACUCCUUCUCGCCGGAGAUCGGCCGGCUCCACCUCGACGCAGCCGAGACGUGGGCGGUGGACUUCCGGUCGACCACGUCAGAGGUGGCGGUGGACUUGGAGUCGGUGGCCACACAUGAGAUUGGACACUUGCUGGGGUUGUCUCAUAGUUCGGUGAAAGAGGCUGUUAUGUAUCCAAGUUUGAGGCCUAGAGAUAAGAGGGCUGAUUUGAACAUUGAUGACAUAAAAGGAGUGCAAUCUCUAUAUGGGUCAAACCCUAAUUUCAGAUCCGAGUGGUCACUAGAGUCUGAUAUGUCCGCAAAUCAAGGUUCUGCGUUUGUCGAACCUUUGAGGUUGAUUUCUAGUUUGAUAAUUAUAAUUUCCCUCAUUCAUAGUUUAUGUUCAUAUAUAAUCUGAACAUUUUUUUUUGUGGUUGUACUUCUUUUUAUCUUUUGUGCUUGUGAAGUAGAUCAGAAUAUUCAAUGAUGACGUUGGGUUGAGUAUGAAGA